UCGCUGCUAUCUCCGCGAACACCGUGCGUCGCACGGCAGCUCUCUCGAAUCGAACGCUAAAUAAUGAAGGCCUCUAUCUCCUUGAUUAGCCGAUUGGGAAGCUUCGUGUCGAAAAGAACUGCAGCCAGCGGGUUGAUGGUACACCGUGAUUCUGAAGUGAACAAUGUGAAAGUCAAGUUUGAGUUCAACGAGGAGAACAGGAAGAGAUUGGAUGCUAUCAUUGCAAAUUAUCCUGAAGGACACAAAGGUGCUGCGCUGAUCCCUGCAUUAGAUUUGGCACAGCGUCAACAUGGUUGGUUACCCAUCUCUGCCAUGCACGAGGUUGCCCGAAUCUUAGAGGUGCCUCGAAUGAGAGCCUACGAGGUGGCCACAUUCUACACGAUGUUCAACAGGCAGCCCGUGGGAAAGUAUUUCUUACAGGUCUGUGCAACAACUCCAUGCAUGCUGCGUGGCGCCGAAACCAUCACUGAGACUAUAGAGAAAACUUUAGGCAUUCAUGUGGGAGAGACCACAAAAGAUGGUUUAUUCACGCUAACCGAAGUUGAAUGUUUAGGAGCUUGUGCUAAUGCACCUAUGAUACAGGUAAAUGACGACUACUACGAAGAUCUUACGCCAAAAGACGUCGAUGACAUUCUAAAUGACUUGAAAGCUGGUCGACGUCCCCAUCCUGGCCCUCGAUCUGGCCGUCUUGCAGCUGAGCCAUUGGGAAAACCAACAUCACUGAUUGAAGAACCGAAAGGACCAGGAUUUGGCCUACAAGAUGCUUUGAAGUAG